CAAACGCAGAAUUAUUAAGUAUAUCAGAUAUAGAAUUUUUCUGAAACAUUUUUUCAUGUAUCUCCACCAGCAAAAACAUGUAAAAACAAUAUACGUGCGUCUUAUUUUUAGCUGCUCUACCAGCAUGUCCAAAACUCAUCAAAGCCGGUGAGGAAUAUUUUGAGAAACACUCAUAUAUUUCCUUCUACGUUAAAGUUAAAAAGCUAGCUUUGAAUUAACCGCGCGUGACUGCUACAACAUAUUAUGAAAUUGAUUAAACGGUAACGACAGUAACCAUAUUGUUUAUUCAACAUCGAGAUAAAAUUCACUCGAUGUACAGGAUUUUGUGAUAGCGUGAAGGAUUCUACUGUCUUCAAUGUCAACGCGAUGCCAACUGGUCGACGAUGGAAAAAAUGAACUUAUUCAUGAUGAGAAGAUAGAUUUCACUGAAACAUUGGCUGAAAUGGUCGACAAGUUAUAUAUUAAUGAGAAUACAAAUUGUGACGUCGCUAAUAAAUUAGUGCAAAAAGCUACAAUUCGACAAGAAAUUACGAAAUCCAAACACAAUUUCAAAAAGCCGGCUAUCCCUUCAUACGACAUCGACGGGAUGUCCUCUCAAGAUCUGCAAGUUUCUCUAUGUAGAAUUAAAGAAACUCCACAGCAACCAUUUUCAUUUCUGGCGAAUAUCUGCGAGAUAUUCAGCGACGAAAAUCAAUUAGUGGCGAGGGCGGCGAAGCCUUCAGAAAUUGACAUACAACUGGCUGCUGUGGCAAAGCGCAUUGAAUCCAGCAGAGCCUUAUUAGAGGAGGCCAGAUCUCGCGUCAAUAAAAUACAUCUUCGUGUCAAACGAGACACCGCGAUACAGCAACAAUCAAUGUCAGAUUGCACACAGAAUGCUGGGAAACUCGAGCUGGAGAAACAACCUUGAGUCGUAUCGAUUUUGUAAAUGCGAAGAUAAAACGAAAAAUUUAAAUCAAUGAUUCUAAAAAAUAAUGUAAUAGCUUUCUUCUUUGUUAUAUGUUUC